GGUUGUCAGUGACGCUCUCGAGCUGUCGUCAGGGUGGUCUGAGCGGGUGCCUGGCUGGAUUCUGGCGGGCGGGCCAGGCUUCUGCUAGAUCUGCGCCAGACUUGGGAGACUGGUGUAUUUUGUAUAUGUUGGGGGGAAAAAAAACCUCAGCAGAGGAUAAUAAAGGGCAGCUCUUCUACUGACCACCUGGAAGGAAAUAAUUUUCCACUUAUUUGGGAUUGGAAGACCAGCUCAUUCUUAGAGUCUUCGGAAACAAAAUUAGAAUGGAUUGUGGAGAUGAAUAUUCCCAUAAUUCUUUUGACCUACAUUGUCUGUUAAAUUCGUUUCCUGGAGACUUGGAAUUUAAGCAGAUCUUCAGUGACAUUGAUGAAAAGUUAGAACAAAAUGCUACAAGCAUAGAAUAUUGCAUUAAAGAAAUACAGUAUGAAGUUAACAAACAGUGUCCAGAUGUGCAGCUGCGAACAACAACUGACUGUCUUGAAUGGCUAGAUAACUAUAACUAUAACCCAUCCAAGUCAACGUCCAUUCCCCAUGGAGAUUUGAUAAAAUUCUUCAAAACACUGCAAGAUUUGUUGAAGAGUGAACUAAAUCAAGAAGAAAUGAUACUGGAUUUACUUUGGGACCUCUCCUGCCAGAGCAGCAUUUCAUUCCCAUCACUGCUAAGUGGAGCAUCUUUCCAUUUCCUCUCUAGGACUUCACUUCAUUCUGUCGAAGAUUAUUCCUCUAUGGAUGUAAAAUCUAUAUGGGAUAAUAUAAGACUACAUCUUCGACGCUUCUUAGUGAACAAAUUACAAAGCCAUAAUGAAAUAAGCAAUUCACAGCACAAGAUUUGGUUGAAAAAUCAGUGCAUACAACAACUCUUGUUUCUUUAUCCAGAAUCAGAAGUUAUAAUCAAGUACCAAAGCAUACAGAAUAAACUGUUGGCUAAACUUCUGCAGAACUAUUUUCCUUCUUACAGCAGAGAAUCAAAUUUAGACAUCAUGGUUCAUGGGUACCAAAGUACAAUGCUUAAGUUAUACUCAAUGAUAAAAGAGGAUUUUAACAUACUACGUGAAAUUUUAGCUCCAACCUCAACAGUGAAAUUCAUUAAAGAAACUUACCUGGAUACUGUUACAGAAGAAAUGGCAAAAUUUCUUGAAAAUUUUUGUGAGCUGCAGUUCCAGGAAAGUGCUGUCCGUGUGAUUAAAACAAGCAAGAGCUCCAGCAGGCAUAGAGGAGCAGUGCAUGCUUUGGGUUAGUGAGCUUUUAAAUUUGUUUGGUUCAAUUUAAGCCUUUUGAUAUCUUUAAUUCCCUAACAUUUUUCUUUUUGGUUAAAUUUAAUUGCAAACUUGAAACUAAAUCAGAAAAUAAAUGUUAUGAAAUUUUGCGGCGCAUACUUUCUCUUAUGCAUUUCUUUUUCUGUAAGUACAGUAGUAGAAGUGCUUUUUUUCCUGUUAUUUGAAUUAUUAAAGAUACUGAAAAAUGUAAGCCAAAAAUGUUGCCAAUAAGAGUUUUGUUUUUUUUGAUUGCAUAAAUUACUGGGUGAAACUGUAUGUAUAUA